UGAGCAGAAUAUGCCACUUUUCUGGUGUAACCAGUUCUGAUGGCUGGGAAUAAAGGAAGAGGGCGUGCUGCUUACACCUUUAACAUAGAGGCAGUUGGAUUUACCAGAGGUGAGAAGUUACCUGAUGUCGUAUUGAAACCACCCCCACUAUUUCCUGAUACAGAUUAUAAAACAGUGCCACUGAAAACAGGAGAAGGUGAAGAUUAUAUGCUGGCUUUGAAACAGGAGCUGAGAGAAACAAUGAAAAGAAUGCCUUUUUUUAUGGAAACACCUGAAGAAAAACAAGAUAUUGAAAGGUAUAGUAAAAGAUACAUGAAGGUAUACAAAGAAGAAUGGGUACCAGAUUGGAGAAGACUCCCAAGAGAGAUGAUGCCACGGAAAAAAUGCAAAAAAGACCCAAAAUCCAAAAAGGCAAAAGAUACAGGCAAAGUUACUUCACUCACUAAUACUGCAGAUGUGUUGAAAAAAAUUGAGGAAUUGGAAAAAAGAGGUGACAGCGAAAAAUCAGAUGAGGAAAAUGAAGAGAAAGAAGGAAGCAAGGAGAAAAGUAAAGAAGGCGAUGAUGAUGACGAUGCUGCAGAACAACAGGAGUAUGAUGAAGAAGAGCAAGAAGAGGAAAAUGACUACAUUAAUUCAUACUUUGAAGAUGGAGAUGAUUCUGGUGCAGAGAGUGAUGACAACGUGGAUGAAGCCACCUAUUAGCCAUGAAAUUUCUAAGAAAUAUUUUUAUGAUACGGCUUCUGAACAUUUGGACAGACUUGUGUUCCAUUUUAUUUCUAAGGAAUGAGUAUUCUAUUUUUGUUCUGGUUUUAUUGGACAAAUACUUGUUACCAAAACUUCCAGAACUGCUUUGAGUUUAUAUACUGGUUAGCAUACAAAUUAAUCUGACACUUUGACAUUCCCUCCAAACACUUCUGUCAUGCCAUCCCUGUUAUGUAUUCAAGUGGACAUUUAAAAGUAUUAUU